CUAGUUACUUGGAGCACCGACAGCAAGUAAACUGCGCGAAUUGGUGCUGUCAGGGGCUGCAAAUUCUAGAAGUCCAGCCGGCUUCAACGCCGAGUCCCUUAGCUACGUUUUAACAAUCAGCAUUCUGUAAAACCCUUACUAUGGGUCCACAAAAGAAGAAAAACCUGCUGGACGACGAAGAUGGCACUGACGCGCCGGUCGAUUUCAGCGUGCGGGUCAACAAGGAGUUCGCCGCUCGCUUUGAGCACAACGAGCGGCGGAAGGAGCUGCACCGGCUGCAAGCGAAGUAUCCGGAGGAAGCGGAGAAGCUUGCACGCAAGCUUGCCCGUGAGGCUGCCAUAGCCGCGGGCCAGCAGCCGGCGCCAGACAGCGAUGCUGAUAGCUCGGAUGACGAGGAGGAGGAUGAGGGCGAGAUCCCGGAGGAGACGGAGGCAAAGAUCUUUGAGACCAUGCUGCGCAUCCGGCAGAAGGACCCCGCCAUCUACCAAAAGGACGUGAAGUUCUUUGACGAUGAGGAGGAGGGCGGCGAGGAGGUCGAGGAGGGUGCGGGCGGCGCCAAGCAGAAGAAGGCGAAGAAGGAGAAGCCCAUGUAUCUGAAGGACAUGAUUGCCAAACACGCGCUGGAGUAUGGACCUGAGGUCAGCAGCGAUGACGAGGAGGAGGGCGGCCGCAAGGCGGGCGACAGCCGCCACCCCAAAGCAUAUGACCCGGAGCAGGAGGCGAUGCGCAAGGCCUUCCUGGCGGCGGCCACGGAAGCGGAGGAGGGGAUGGACGGUGAAGAAGCCCUGGGCGGAGUGCUGCGCCCCCGCGGCAAAUCCGCGGGUAGCGAAGAUGAUGACGAGGACGAGGAGGAGGAAGAGGAGGAGGCGCCCAAGCCUAAGAAGCAAAAGAAGGAGAAGAAGGAGAAGAAGGUCAAGAAGCUGGCUGACGCCUACUUUGCGGAUGAGAACGACGAGGACAAGUUCCUCAAGGAGUACAUUCUCAAUAAGGGCUGGGUGGACCGCGAGGAGGGCUACGUGCCCAGCUACCGCGAGAUCGUGGGCGACCAGGAUGAGGACGACGGCGGCGAGGACGGCGGCGACGGCAUCGACGACGAGGAGGAUGAACGCUACCUGCGGUCCGUGGACGCCUUCGAGGCCAAAUACAACUUCAGGUACGAGGAGCCGGGCGCGGACCGCAUCAUCACGCACCCCCGUAACGUGGAGGGCACGGUGCGCAAGGAGGACGACCGGCGCAAGCGGCAGCGCGACGCCAAGAAGGCGCGGCAGGAGGCGGCGGAGGCGGAGGCGCGCGAGGAGGUGAAGCGCAUGAAGAACCUGAAGAAGCAGGAGAUCGAGUCCAAGCUGGACAAGCUGCGCAACGUGGCGGGCGUUGCUGCGCCUGCGGCCACCAGCCUGGACGACGUGCUGGAGGGCGACUUCGACCCGGAGGAGUGGGACAAGAAGAUGGCGGCGGCUUUCAACGAUGACUACUACGACGCUGAGGAGGAGCUGGAGGGCCUGGCUGACGACCUCGACCUGCUGGCCGGCGACAGCGACGAGGAGCUGGGCAUUGCCGGGGCUGGGCUCAGCAGCGAGGGAGAGGAGGAUGACGUUGAAGAGGAGGAUGGCGGGGAGGAAGACGGGGAGGAGGGCGGCAAGAAGAAGAAGCCCAUCAAGUUUGCGGACAUCAGGAAGAAGAUCAAGGAGGUGGACGCGCUCAGUGAAGACCCCGACGAUGACGAGGGCGACGGCAAGCAGGCGGGCGGCCAGAAGAAGAAGAGGGCGGACCCGGCGGAGUUGGCCCGGCAGCGCAACGAGCUGCAGCGGCUGUUGGAGGACUACUACAAGCUGGACUAUGAGGACAACGUGGCAGGCAUCAAGACGCGUUUCAGGUACAAGCCGGUGGACCCCAGCACGUUCGGCCUGAGUGUGGACGACAUCCUGCGCCUGGACGACAAGUCGCUGAACCAGGUGGUGGGCAUCAAGCGCCUGGCACCCUACCGCGAGGACGCCACCAAGCUGCGCCCCAACUACAAGGCGCUGCAGAUGGUCACCGCGGAUGCGGCGAAUGCCAAGCAGAAGAGGCGGGAGUACAAGAAGCGGGACUGGGAGAAGGGCCGCGACGGGAGAGGUGGCGGCAAGGGGGGCAACUGGUGGCAGGGCAAGGAUGUCCGCGACAGCGGCAACGGCGCGGGCGCAGGGCCAGGCAGCGCCGCCGCCAACGGAUCCGGCGAGCCCGAGCGGAAGCAGAGUGAUGGCGAGGGCAAGGUCACCGACGCCAAGCACGCAGACCAGCAGCAGCAACAGCAGCAGGAGCGGAAGCGCAAGGAGCGCGAGGCGGGGCCGGGGCCGGGCUCGCGCGGUGAUGCGGCGGGCGGCGACGGCGCCGGCCAGAAGCGGCAGCGGGAGGACGGUGGUGCUGGUCGGGGGCACGGCCACGGCCAAGGCCAGGGCCACGGCCACGGCCACGGCCAGGGCCACGGCCAGGGCAAAGGCCACUUCAAGCCCAGGGAGUGGAAGCCCAAGCAGGUGGACCCGCAGCAGGCACGCUUGGCGUCGUAUGCGGUGCCCACACUUAAGAAGGACAACGCAGGGGCGGCAGGGCCAGGCGGCUACAAACGGAAACGGGACGACGCGGACGGCGGCAAGCACAAGCAGCAGCAACAGCAACAGCCCAAGUCGGACGGACCGCAGCUGUCUCGGGCGCAGAAGAAGAACCUCAAACGCACGCAGAAGCGCGCCGAGAAGAAGGCAACGCCAGGGGAGCCCAAGGCAGGGGAGGCGUGAGCGGGCUGGUCUUGGCGUGUGUGCGUGUGUGUAUGUAUGUGUGUGUAUGUGUGUCGGUUGGUGGUGGGGUGGCAGGAGGUUAUGCGUCCCGGGUAUGCGUCCCGUUCCUCCCGUCUAGCGCAUGCUUGUCCCGGUGGCUAGGCAACAUGUGUAGGUGCGCGGUUAUGGAAUCAGCCGCAUCAACUUCAGUAAGCGGUGUGCAAGUGAUAGGCGGACGACGGCGGCGAGUGUGUAGUGGCGCUUGGUCUCCCAGCCGCUUGCAGUGGACCGCUUACACUGCUUUGUUGGUCCAGCGUGCAUAGUCAACCGUAUGCUUUGUGUAAGACGGCAAAAUG